AUGGCAGCAACUCGGUGUGUUUUCAUAGUGUUGGUAUACUUUGCCGCACACGGGUAUGCGAAUGGGAGCUUUCGUUUACCGAACGGCACCAUACCAACGCACUACAUCCUUCGGGUGGACACUGCCAUCGAUCGAAACACGUUCAACUACACGGGAAACGUACAGAUCUGUGUCGUGGUGUCGCAACCGACCACUCAACUAGUGCUGCACAGUACGCAGAGCAGAAUUUCGAAGAUUCAGCUACGUGACAACGUCGGGCAUCAGGUGCGAAUAAAGAACUUUAAGUUGGACAAUCUGAGGGAGUUCUUGGUGAUCGAUGCAGCCGCAGUGCUACACUCCGCGAUCGGAACAUACACGCUCGAGAUCGAUUUCACCAACAGUGUCGAUCGUUUCGAUUUGGCCGGAUUCUACAAAGUGCCGUACCAAACCGAGAACGAUACCGUACGCUACAUUGGAGUGACACAUUUCGAGUCAAUCAACGCAAGAUCCGCCUUUCCGUGCUUCGAUGAGCCAGCUCUGAAGGCCACAUUUGAGCUCCACGUCAGCUGUGGACAGGCGUACCACGUACGCUCCAAUACACCUGCCCGAACCGUCCAGCCACUGCCGGGCGGCAACAGGUUGUACAGCUUCACCACAACACCCCGCAUGUCGACGUACCUGGUGGCCUGGUUCGUGUCGGACUUUCCCAGCGAGAGUAACGUGCUGGCCAAAGGAUCCACUGUAACAGUCGCCACAUGGGCCAAACCAUCGUCCGCCCAUUUGCUGUCCUAUUCGGUGGACGCCUCGGUGCGAUUCCUCGGUGCCAUGGGGCAAUACUUUGCCGAACCGUACGGCUUGCCCAAGAUCGACAACGUUGCCGUACCGCAUUCGCACUUACUGCCGGAUGCGAUGGAAAACUGGGGGCUGGUAACGUACAAGGAGAGGACGAUAUACGUUAACCCCCAGACGGACGGUUUGGAGAAGAAGCGGGCCGUGGUAAGCAUUAUCGCCCACGAGUAUGCGCAUCAAAUCUUUGGCAACCUACUCACGCCCGCCUGGUGGAGCUAUCUGUGGCUUAAGGAAGGUUUCGCCCACUUCUACUCAUACUACUUGGGAUCGAUCAGCCAUCCGGAGCAUAACUUCCGCAAACGAUUCCUUGCGGAAUCGUUGCAGGUGACAUUAUUCUUGGACAGUGUUCCCUCCGUUCAUCCAAUGACCUACUACGUGGAGAAGCGUACGGAAAUUGGACGCCUGUAUGGUCAUGUGGUGUACUCGAAGGCGGCCUGUGUUAUUCGCAUGAUGAAUUAUGCACUGGGGGAAGGUGUUUUUCAGCGCGGCAUACGUGACUACAUCCAGCGAAAUAAAAAGCGUGGCAUCGUGACGGAGACCGAUCUGUUCGACAGUCUCGAGCAGGCUGCCAAGAAAGAAGGGGCUCUACCGAAACAGCUGACGGUGCAUGAAGCGUUCGGCACCUGGAGCCAUCAAGCCGGCUACCCUGUGGUGCGUGUGCGCCGUGAAGGAACUACCUACUUCUUCACCCAGCAGCGCUACGUGUUAGAUCCUGCGUACAGGCCACCGAUCAACAGCUCCUGGUGGAUACCGAUAUCUUUCGCAACGGCAAACAACGCAACGUACGCAAAGUUGCCAGCCUUCUGGAUGGCACCGAACGCUACCAAGGUGUCGUACACGAUUCCAACAUCCCCCGGUGAGGUGGUGGUGUUCAAUCCUCAAUCCACCGGCCUCUACCGUGUGGAGUACGACGGAUCCCUGCAGCGGGGAAUUGUCCAUCAACUCUCCGAAAAUCAUACUGCAAUUGACCCUACAGCACGUGCCCGUUUGAUCGAUGACACCCUACAGCUAACGUUCCACCGGGGUGGCAAUUUCAGUGAAGUGGUGCAGCUUUUGAGCUACCUGCGCCGUGAAGCUGACAGCUUACCGUGGUCGGUUGUCAGCGAAAAUAUACGCUACAUGCAGUCAAUGUUGCGUACCAAUGUGAAGGCAUCGCGAUUGUUGCAAUCGUUCGUCGAAACGAUCGCAGCUCCGUUGCUCUCCAGGCACGAUCUACACCGUCCCACCGGUGGGUCCGAUCCGAUCGACGAGCUACAGUCAAUUGCGAUAGAAUUAGCUUGUGGAGCUAGUGAGUCUUGCAGAAAAGCUUCCACAGCUAUCGUACAACCUACCUCGUACGCAAACGCUCUGUUUCAGCUCAGCGACUCCGUCCGUCCCAAGGAGUUACAUCGUUUAAUCGUUGGCUCCAAAGUAUCGCCAAGCGUUCUUCUAGUGUCAAUCGGAUCUGAACUUUCGCUUCGCAAUCGACAAUCUACUGAUCCAAACGCCAUCUCCAAGACUCUGACCGCAAUGGCCCGGUUUGCAAUGGAACCGGCAGAAGAAAAGUCAUUGAUCACCGUUGCAUCGACGUACGUCUCUGAGAUUGUACCGGAGCUCGAGCAGCAGCUGAUGAUCAAUCGUAGAUGGAGGCAUCGGACCGUUCAACCCCUUACGGAUGCUCUUUCACGGUUCUUGCUGCGAAAGGCUUGA